AUGCCUUCGUUUCCCACCACACCGUUGCUUCGAGCGAGAGAAGAUGGCUUGCAACUGAGCUAUCGACUACCGCAUCGCAUCCAUGCCGCAAAAGGAUAUCCCCUCCGAGCUCCAAAUGGCUCUUCGAUCAUAGUCUACGGCAACGAAACCGGCUUGAAGGUUGUGUGGAGAGGAGGAAGACAAUUUUCGGAAUUGAAAAAGCCUGAAGCUCUACGACAGGGAAAGAGCAAUGCAGACAAAGAUGCUGAUGCAGUGAUGAUCAUUGACUCCGAUGAGGAGGAUGCCUCCGAAGCAGCCCCGGCCCAAGAGGAAUCGAGCUAUGAUUUUGUCUCGGAUGAGAGCGAAGUUGACCCUGCUUCCCCAUUCGAAUCAAUUUUGAGACAAGUCGAUAUUCCCUUAGGCAGCCGUGUGUUAGAUCUGGCUAUCCCUCGUGUUCUUCCCGAGGAAUCACGUUCGCCUCUGGAUCCCUUCCCGCCUAUCGCAAAGAACACCAUCGUUAUAGCGGCAGUUUGCUCAGACUUUUCUACCCAUGUCGUGACUCUACCUUUGACCCCUCCCCACCCAGAACAAACAGACCCUCAGAGCUGGCACAUCCAGUCUCUUGUCAUCAACGGAGGUGUGACCCAUCAAGAUAUUCCCCGCGGCGUCUCCCUUACCUUCACCUGCUCCGAUACUGAGGAAGACUCCCGAAAGUCACGAAGCCGAGCUGGAGGUGCAGGAAAAUGGGACCUCCUCGUUGCCACACAUUCAGCUGAGGGACCUGGUGUGCUCCUUUUGCAUCGGCUCCCGAUUCGGGAAGAGCCCACCGGCUUCUAUCAUAUCAUUGAAGAGGACCUGAUCUCCCAACGACGGCUGUUGCCCUCGCCAGCUCAGACCAUCGUCUUCAACCCAUCUACAUAUCCAUCAGCUCGCCAUUCACAUUUAUUGGUCGCUUUUCACAGUGGAUGUGUGAAAAUUUAUUCGUGUUUCUCUGUCAAAAAGGCCCCGAAGACAGGGCGGCGAGCAUCGGGAGGACACGAGGAUUGCGAUACUAUCGACACAGAGGGUCGCUGGCUAAUAAGUUUAUAUCCUGGCUUUGAGCAGAACUCAAUCGGAAUCCAAAAACGCAAGACCAUCAUUGAUGCCGAAUGGGUUCUUGGUGGUCGUGCGGUCAUGGUACUCCUAGAAGAUGGUGGGUGGGGCGUCUGGGACAUUGAAGGUGCUGGUCCCGGAGCUGCGAAGGGCCCGCUGCACCGCCAAAUCACUGUGCAAGGGGUAAGUGGGGGGUCCCUCACAGCGUUUGCUGUCAGUGGCCGCAUUGCGACCCCUCUAUCCAACACGCAGUCCGAGGUUGAGAACCGCCCGCGGUUUGCACCGAUGACACCAUCCACCAAACGGGUUCGCGAAGACACUCUUCUGAAGGGAUCCAUGGCUGAAUUGACCCCUUCCCUCCGAGGUCAAAUAUCCGUGCUCCAGAUGAACUCGUCCCAGGAAGCGAUUCCAGAUGAGUCAAUCCUCUUCCGUCAUGGUCGGCAGAGUGCGAUCAUUCCGAGUUUGAUCUCCCUCUGGCGGAACGCUGUUCGGGCAUCCGGUACUCUCGACGCAUCUAACCGAUGCCGUGUGACCCCAUUCCAAGAUGUGAACUUGAUGGGUGAAAAUUGCCAGGCAAUUAGCCAUCUUCCGGCCCCUGAACGCCGCUCUCGUGCUGCUGAACGGCAAUCAUUUGACGUUCUGGUCGCUGCAGAGCACCAAGUGAUGAUCCUUACACCGCGUCUUACUGAAUCCGCCGAAGAAAGCAUACAGACUCACCAGGCACAGCAACAAGCUACAGCAAAUGAUCAAAUGAUGUUACAACGAGGUGAAUUAGAUGUUGAGGGAAUGGGACGACUGCUCAACGGCAUGGCCAGCCCUACCAAACGAGCCCGCAUCUUCACUUGA